ACCUGGCUAACACAAUAAAAAAAAACAACAAACACUGUAUAAACAGUUGGCAGCUAGCUUUUAGACGAAUAAAGAGUGGCCAAGAGGCAUAAUGAAAACGUAAAAUCAUUCCCACCCGGCUGCUGACUCAGGCGAACGCUGAAGCAAUCCAUUAAGCUACUUAGAUAACGGCAACUGGCCAACUUUGCAAAGAGUAAAACAAGAAAAGCUACAAUACUGAAAGUGGAAACAUAUGGAACGGUGGCCGCGUCAGUAAAGUUGUAGAUAACGGCCCAAGAGACUCUCCCGGCUGCCGCCUUGUACAUGUACAACGCAAUUAUUAUUUCCGUCGCCUGUCGGGCGUACAUGCAUGUUAUCUAGAUAAUGGUUGGGCCCAAGUAUGAACGCCUCAACACCGGCGAUGUCGACGUUGGCAGCGACGCCGAUGCCGAAAACAACAUUGAAGAGGUCGAACUAAGCCUAGACUUGACUCAUAAAAAUGCUAGCGCUAGUCAAGAGCGCCGACAGCUGUCGUCGCAUGCCAACUUUAAAUACGCGCAGAGCAACAGCAGCGACAACGAGAAUAACGGCAGCGACGCCACGUCUGCACAGCAGGAGCACACGCACGACGGAAUGACACGGCAUGCGGAUGCGCGGUUCAUGCAGAUGGCCAUUGGGACGCUGGCCACAAUACUGCUAUAUCUAUCGCUGUCCAUAACGCUCACCUUCUAUCAGACGGACAUCAAUCGGGAGCUGCCCUUUCCGCUGACCAUUGUCACGUAUCAUUUAAUAUUGAAAUUUCUGCUCGCUGCACUGGUGCGCAGCAUCUAUAAGAUGCGUGUGGGCAAGACGCGCGUCCAGCUGGACUGGCGGGUGGCUGUGCGGAAAAUGGCGCCAACGGGCGUUGCCAGCGGCAUUGACAUCGGUUUCUCCAAUUGGGGCCUUGCACUGGUGCCUAUAUCGUUGUAUACAAUGACCAAAUCCUCGACCAUUGUGUUUAUACUGCUCUUUGCCAUCUUGCUGGGACUGGAGCGCAAGAGCUGGUCUUUGGUGCUCAUAGUGGGUCUGAUAGGCCUGGGCCUAUUCAUGUUUACCUACAAGUCGACGCAGUUCAAUACGCUGGGCUUCUUCUUCAUACUGUUUGCCUCGCUGAGCAGCGGCCUGCGCUGGAGUUUCGCGCAGUUUAUAAUGCAGAAAUCCAAGCUGGGUCUGCACAAUCCCAUCGACAUGAUAUACCAUAUGCAGCCUUGGAUGAUUGCAUCGUUGUUGCCGCUAGUUGUUUUCAUUGAAGGACCAAGGCUCUAUAAAGUGCUAGAAAAUCUGCACAAUGUCUCCGAGGCAGAUGUUAUUUGGACACUUGCCCGCAUUACACUGGGCGCAUUUAUAGCAUUUUUCAUGGAGGUCAGUGAAUUUCUGGUGCUCUGCAAAACAUCCAGCCUGACGCUGUCCAUAGCGGGCAUUUUCAAGGACAUAUGCCAGCUGGCUCUAGCUGUGGCGCUCAAGGGCGACCAGCUCAGUCCCAUCAAUCUUGUCGGCCUGGCGGUCUGUCUGGCGGGCAUCGCCUGUCACCUGCUGCACAAAUAUUCCAGCAUGGCGAAGCUAAGCAAGCAACAGCUGGCACUGCAGCUAGAAGACGAUGGCGAGGACAUGUGCGCCGAGUACGACUUCAAUAAAGGUAAUACGAUUGUUGGCGUUCAUGGUAAUACAGCUGGCGGUCAUGCGACACUCACUGCGCCGCUUCUGGAACAAACCGACUCGGAGGAUGAGUCGGCAACUGAUUCUGCAAACAAGCAAAACGCAUCGGAUGUCAUUUUCGAUGUGCUCAAACGGCGCGACAUGCAGCGAUGAGUUGGUUGGCUUAAGUUUCCUGCACAACGCAACGUUUUUUUUUUCUGUUUGUUUAUUGUUUCAAGGUUUCCGGGUAAUAUCCGGACAAUUUGUGAUUGCGGGUGUGAGCGUGUGUGCAUGGAGGUGUGGCAGCUGUUGACACUCUUGUAAAUGUUGUAAAAAUUCGAAAGUUUUCUACUUAGUGCAACAAUUUAUCAACAUCCGUGUUAUAACCAUAUGUAAAUUAAUCGAUGUCAGCUUAUUUACACUGAUAUAUACCCUUGCAGAUGAUAUACUUUUGUAUAUACAUGACUAUACUAUCCAUCAUCUGACCAGA